ACAGAAGUCAUGGCGUCCGCCAGUACAGGCAGCAGGGUGUCCUGCGGGAGAGAUAUGAACUGUGUUCCGGAGAUAGCUGCCACGUUAGCCGCGGUCGCGAAACUUGGGUUCGAUUUCCUUUGCAUGCCUUUAUUCCAUCCGAGAUUCGCAAGGGAGUUUGAGUUGGAGCCAGCUAAAUCUCGGCCCGGUGCACAGACCCGCUCCGAUCUGCUGCUGUGUGGAAGAGAUUGGGGUACUCUCAUUGUUGGGAAGCUUUCUCCAUGGAUCUGUGCAGACUCAGAAAUCGAGACCGAGCGCCGGAACUCAGAGGAGGCUCUGACACAAGAGCUGAACUUCUCAGCAUACCUGGGUCUCCCUGUCUUCAUGAUCCCUCUGACGGGCCCUCACAAUGCCAAUCUGGCCCGCCUGCUGCUGAGCCACAUCCACACGGGACACCACACCUCAAAUUUCUGGAUACGUGUUCCACUGAUGGCGGCAGAAGACACGAGAGAAGACCUGAUUGAGAACGAACCCUUUUCUUGUCCUGAUGAGACGAGUGUUGAUGAGAAGACGUGGAACUGGUGGAACACAUUUCGAACUCUUUGUGACUACAAUAAGAGGAUCUGCCUCGCUAUUGAUAUCGGUGCAGACAUGCCCUCAGACGCAGUGAUCGAUAAAUGGAUGGGGGAGCCAAUCAAAGCUGCCAUACUUCCUACAAGCCUCUUCCUGACCAACAAAAAGGGAUUUCCCGUGUUGUCAAAAGCCCACCAAAGAGUAAUCUUUCGCCUUUUCAAGCUGGAGGCCCAGUUUAUCUUCACAGGCACCAGUCGGCACACUGAGAAGGACUUUAGGUCCUACCUGCAAUACCUUGAAUACCUCAACCAGAACAGGCCAGCCCCCAACGCCUAUGAGCUCUUCGCCAAAGGCUAUGAAGACUACUUGCAGUCACCUCUACAGCCCCUCAUGGACAAUUUGGAAUCUCAGACUUAUGAAGUGUUUGAGAAGGAUCCCAUCAAAUACUCUCAGUACCAACAGGCGGUGUAUAAAUGUUUGUUGGACAGAGUACCAGAGGAGCAGAAAGACACUAAUGUUCAAGUGCUGAUGGUGUUGGGAGCAGGCAGGGGUCCUCUGGUCAACGCGUCCCUGCGUGCCGCCAGCCAGGCCGACAGGAAGUUGAAGGUGUAUGCCGUGGAAAAAAACCCAAACGCCGUGAUCACGUUAGAAAACUGGCGCUUUGAGGAGUGGGGCGACCGCGUGACCGUGGUGUCGUCUGACAUGCGAGAGUGGGAAGCCCCAGAAAAAGCCGAUAUCAUCGUCAGCGAGCUGCUGGGAUCAUUUGGAGACAAUGAGCUGUCCCCAGAGUGUUUAGAUGGAGCGCAGCACUUUCUCAAAGACGAUGGAGUCAGCAUUCCCUGCUCCUACACGUCUUUUCUGGCUCCUCUGUCCUCCUCCAAGCUUUACAACGAAGUCCGAGGGUGCCGGGAACGGGACAAGAGCCCGGAGUGCCACUUUGAGACGCCGUACGUCGUCCGCCUUCAUAACUUCCACGAGCUAGCUGACCCCAAACCGUGCUUCACCUUCACUCACCCCAAAAAAGACAUGAACAAUAAUCGAUAUCAGUGCCUCAGGUUCUCAGUGGGAUGUAACUCGGUGCUCCAUGGCUUCGCCGGCUAUUUUGAAACAACGCUCUACAAAGAUGUCACACUUAGCAUAAAACCUGAGACACAUUCCCCUGGAAUGUUCUCCUGGUUCCCCAUUCUGUUCCCUCUCAAGCAACCGAUCUCCAUUGCACGGGAUGACGAAAUCGCAGUGCGGUUUUGGCGCUGUAACAACGGGAAGAAGGUUUGGUACGAGUGGGCCGUGACCGAGCCGACCUGCUCUGCCAUCCAUAACCCGGCAGGACGCUCCUACACCAUCGGCCUGUGA